AUGGCUACUUCAUUGGCUGCAAUGAUGGCGUGCCGAGCUGCAACCUUCGCUCGGCUAUCAUCUCCCGGCUCAGCCGCUAGAUUUGCCUAUCUGGUUCUCUACCGUGGCCUCGCUGGCGCCGCUGAUCACCAUGGGCCAGCUAAGGUUGAUUGCUGGAAAGACCCGAUAAGUCCAUCCAAGUGGAAGGAGGAGCACUUCGUGAUUGUCUCUUUAUCUGGCUGGGGUUUGCUUAUCUUGGGAGGGUACAAGUUUUUCACUGGAGUCAAGAAGAACAUUGAAGAGAAAUUGGUGGAAGCAACACACUAG